GUGAAACUUUUAGGAUUUUGAUUGAACGAAUAUUAAAAGUGCUUGCUUUUGAAAAAGUUGAAGGACCAAAACGGUUCAAAGCAAAACUUUAGAAACUUUUUUGAACUUGCUUCAAAACACAAGAGACCAUUUUUAUCAUUUUCCCAUCUUUCUGUUUGUCUCGUUUGGUGGCCGCCGGCGGAGCUGUUCCUCGACGUCCGGUAAAACGGUCAGAAUUUUUUCGUUUCUAACUGUGUAUUAACCUUUAUUCAUCUAUCUAUCCCGUGUUCGAAAGCUUAUAACUGUAACUAUGCCAAAGUGAAAGGAGACUAGUUCCUGUUUGGCCAUAGAUUUGAUGUUGAUACUUGAAAUUUGAGUUUUUGAAGUUAUGAUUUCUGGAAUUUGAAGCUAUGCUUGGACAUUGGACAUGCAUUUUACUCAGAUUUUUUUGAGGUUUUGUGAUUGGAAGUCCCAAAAACUACUUGAAGAUCAAAAUUUGAGAAUCUGAUCAAAAUUCAUGAUUUAAGGUAAGGGAUAUUUGAAGUAAACGGUGAAGCCAAUUGACUAUUUGUGUAAAAGUGGUAAACUGAAAUUCUUGCCGAAACUCUCUUUACAAAUAUGUCUGAUUGGUCGAACCUUCAACAGGAUCUACUGGUUCUAAUAGUUAGACGUAUAAAUUUGAUUGAAGACUUCCUAAAUUUUGGCAUUGUAUGCAAAUCCUGGCGUUGUGUGGUCACCAAGGAGAAUUUUAACAGUAACUUGUGUCGGGUUCCAUGGCUAAUGUUAGCUGAGGAAGAGGAUGAUAAAACAUGUAGGAAAUUCUUUAGUCUCUAUAAUGGCAUGAUUUUGAAGAAGAGGAUUCCAAAAGCGAGUGGAAAACGAUGUAUGGAGUCUAUGGGAUGGCUUAUCACAGUCGGAAAAGAUGAGGGUGAAAUUAGUCUGUUACAUCCCUUCUCGGGUGUUCAAAUUCAAUUGCCGCAUCAAAUUACCACAGACCAUUAUGAAUUUAACCAGACUCCUGUUCCAUGGACCUUUGUCCAGAAAGCAAUUCUGUCAGCCAAUCCUUCUCAUACAUCUGACUAUGUCAUCAUGAUCAUUGAGGGACACUACCAGUUCCUCAGUUUUUGGAAACCAGGAGAUUUGUUAUGGACCAGGAUUAGGAAACCGGUCCUUUUCCCACGUACUAGUGAUGUGGUAUAUUUCAACGGCCACUUUUAUGCAGUCAGUUAUAGUGGCUGCAUAAAAGUUUGUGAUGUCAUUGACUCUGAAACCACCAAAAGUCUUACCGUAGCACAGCUACCAUCAUGCAUUGAUGGUAAGUAUUACAUCCUAGAAUCACUAGGAUCGUUAUUUGUAGUUUCACAAAAUGGUGUUGAUAUAAGGUACGUCAAAGAUGAUUGCGAAGAUGAGGAGGAGGAGGAGGAGGAGGAGGAGGAGGAGAAGAUGUACAUGUACAAGACAAGAAAUUUUCUAGUUUUCCAGAUCGAUUUAGAUGCUUGCAAAACUAUGCCAACCAGGGAUUUAGGGGACCAAGCUUUUUUUCUGGGUGCUAAUGCUUCUCUUUCAGUCCAAGCUUCUCGAUAUCCAGGAAUCAAGCCCAAUCAUAUUUAUUUUACAGACGACUGUUUGGGUGCCUAUCUCCACUUUGAAGAAGGAGGCGGCUUUGAUAUGGGGGUGUUCAACUUAGCAGAUGGCAGUAUCCAGCCGCAUUAUGAUGGUGUUUCCCUCAGUCGUGUUUGUCCUCCAAUUUGGGUCACCCCAAAUCCAUGUUGAAAGGACUUCAAAGAAGUUGAUGAGUGCACUGCGCUUUCUGGAGAUGUUAUUGGAUACUCUCAUCUGGACUUACUAGCAGAGACAACAUUGUUGUUUUUGAACAUUUUCUGCUUAUACUCUUUUUGUUGGAGCACUAUUGGGUGAACGAUAUCCUCGUUAGCCCUCAUCACUUACGAUUACUCUUUAACUGGUAUGUCUCGUUUAUUCUGGAUAUAGUUUUUGGCUGUUUAUUUACCGCGAUAUUCCCUUGACAGGUAUCCAUUGAAGAUGCUCAGAUGAAUUUUGAGAAUCUUGUCCAGAAGCCGGUGCAUAUGACUCAAGUUAAUGUAAAGCAUGUAGAAUUUCAACUGCUUGUUAAUGUGUCUCUACUACUAUCCAACUUUGUUAUUGUGUGAUACACAUGACAAAGGUGAGGAUCUUUCGGACCGCUUCUUUACCUCUACGAGGUAGGAUAAGGUCUGCAUAGACUUUAUCGUCCCCAGACUCCACCAGUAGAAUUACAUUGUAUAUAGGUGGUGUUAAAAUGCACAGAGUCGUUAUCGAGCUAGACGACAGUAGUCUUUUUUUUACUCUUUGGAGUGGGUAUUAGAGUUCCCUAUUGUCCUUACAAAGUUAUUGUUGCUCAUUUACUUGGAAUGAAUUCUUUAAGGUUGCCACAAUGCUAAUGUGACACCUAAAUUAGUUCAUUGCUGAUAUUAUUUAUCUAAAUGAAUCGUAGAUUUUAA